CACGAGAAUCGCUCGGAUUAGAUUUCAGUCAAUGUGCAGCGACCAAAGACGACGGUUCAACAUUGCCACAACAAAGAUGCAUAAUCAAUCGAAGCCGAGGCAGUUGCAUCUUCCCAAAUUGCAGGCCGUCCAGAGGUUCAACAAUUUCCCAAUCGUCGAAUCCGGAUGGUUCUACGCCGGGACGGUCUACAACCGAAUCAAGAACUCGAACAGUUUGUUCUGCUGGACGUUCGAUCAAGCUGAGAAUUCCAUCUACAAUGUCAUCGAUACGGCUUCUCCAGCCGUCUUCCUCUUCGAAGGUCCAAUCUCCAAGAUCGAUCAAAUCAUCUGCAAGAGUCUGGACAUUGUAGAGCAAAAGGUGCCGUCGAUUCAUUUACCGCCAAAAAUGAUUUAUUCCAACACCAAGCAGUACGUGAGCGAUGUUGGGGAGAAGAUCGUGAGGCCCGUGCUGAAGCGCGCCGAUUCCGUCAAGCAGAUCGGUAACUCCGUCUUGGCCAGCAAGUACACGGCAUUCGCUGCUGAUAAACUCGAUGGAGCUCUUGAUAUUGCCGAUAAGUACGUGGAGAAGUAUCUUCCUGCAGAUGUUUUUGAUAGUCAGGGCAACGAGGAUGUCGCCUCCGAGCCUGUGGUAGGACCGGCGGGAAAAGCCAUCCAGACAAGCCAGCACAUGUACAGAUUCUCGAAGAAGCUGCAAAGACGAUUGACUAAACGCACUCUACUAGAAGCUAAAGCUCUGAAGGACCAAAGCGCUGAAGCCAUCCACGUUUUAGUCUACGUUGCAGAACUGAUCGCAACGGAUCCGAAGAUGGCUCUGCAGAAAGGUCGUGAGCUUUGGAUGAGCUUGAGCAAGGACGAACCCGAGAAUCAGGCUCGUCCCGAGAACAUGGAACAACUGAUCGUCCUGCUGACGAGGGAAACCGCAAGACGCGUUGUGCACCUGGUGAACUUUACCGCGCAAGGAGUUGGGAAGAUUCCGAGGAGGGUGAGCCGUCUCGUCCACGGCAUCGCGAAUUCCUGCUUCCAACUGCUGGACACCAUCCUGAAGAGAGUUCAUUUGGAUGCAAUCGGUCAGAGCGUCUGGACGUCGGCCAAAACCAAUGCACAAAAAUUAACGGUAGUCCUUAAGCAACUGAAUAUCCGCACCACAGAUCUCCUGGAUCAACUGGUCCAACAACUCGCUCAACAAAGUCAGCAGUCGCAGCAGCAGCAGAAGAAAACCACGUCCGUAUCGAUAACGAACUCCAGUCCGGAGGUCGAAACAAAACCGAUGGACAGAUCGUGGACAUCACCAUCAUCCCCGAAGAAUCCUCAAAGCACCACUUACCAGCACCAGCAGUCGUCGUCGAUCAUACAGGACACGCUGCGUCCACCCCCGGUGACAAGGACCCAAUUAAAAGCAACCCACCGAAGCGUUCCAAACGUUUCCAACGGAGAGUUCGUCGUAAAGUCCUGAAGCAGAAGGCGCGUAAACGCAACGCGCACUAACAUGUGCGAACAGUUAAAUUAUUAUUAUUGUUAUUAUUAACCUAUUCUAUUUGUUUAACUAUUUAAGAUAAUUGGCCACCGCAACGGCUCAUAUUGAAAUAAUAUAUGAUGUUGAAGUUGCUCGGCAAAUUAUGCAAUAUUAUAUGAAUAUAUAUAGAUCUGUAUCAUUGUUUUCUGGGGGAUUUUAAAUAUAUAUAUAAAUCGAUAAUAAAACGAAAUAAACGAA